AUGGGGGAUGAUAAUGAGACAGAUGUAACAGAGUUUGUUCUAUUGGGGUUCUCUGGCUUUGGCUUUCUCCAGGGCCAUCUGUUCUGGGGUGUGCUGUGUAUCUAUGUUGUUACCUUGCUGGGCAACUCUCUGAUUGUCUUCCUAACUCUGGCGGACCCUGCACUCCACUCCCCCAUGUACUUCUUCCUGUGUCACUUCUCUGUGGUGGAGAUCCUCUACACCACGACCAUUGUGCCUAGGAUGUUGGCUGACCUCCGGUCUUCCUGCCCCACCAUCCCCCUUGGCAGCUGCUUCACUCAGUUAUAUUUCUUUUCUCUUUUUGGAGUUACUGAAUGCUGCUUGCUCACUGCCAUGGCCUAUGAUCGCUAUGCUGCCAUCUGUUGUCCACUGCACUAUGCUACCCUGAUGAGCCAGGGAACCUGUACAGGCAUGGUGGGGGCCUCUUAUCUUGCUGGCUUCAUCACAGGCACUACUCACUCUGUCUGCAUCUUCACGUUGCCUUUCCGUGGGGACAACACUAUCCAUCAUUUUCUGUGUGACAUCCUGCCUGUGCUGAGACUGGCUAGUGCAAGCACUUUCUGGGGUGAAGUGGGGAACCUCUUUGUCACCAUCACUUUCGUUUUCACCCCCUUCUUAUUGAUUGUGGCCUCUUAUGCCUGUAUUCUUGCCACCAUCCUUGGUGUUGCAACAUCCCAGGGUCGUCAAAAGCUCUUUUCUACCUGUUCCUCCCACUUGUUUGUGGUCAUUCUCUUUUUUGGGACAGCGACUGUGGCUUAUAUGAGGCCUCAGGCAGAUUCCUUUGGGGACACGGACCAGAUUCUUACCCUGUUCUACACAGUUGUCACCCCCAUGUGCAACCCUUUUGUUUAUUCUCUGAGGAACCAGGAGGUCGCAGGGGCCAUGAGGCGGCUCAUGAAGAGAUACCUUUGGGGUCCUUGA